AUGGAGAUAUCUAAGCUUUUAUGGGAGCACGUUCUUUGCAGUCCGUUGAUAUCACUUGAUGUAUCAGAAAUUACUCAAAUUUUUGAUACAGUUAUUUCUUCUUCCUCAGUUCAUGUAGCUUGUUUGUUUGAAAUAUUGAUUUCUCAAGUUGGAAUGAAAUCUCUUAAAGAAGGAAUGAUGGAGUUUGAAGGAAUAGGUCUCCGUCAUCUUAAGGAAACUUUGAUAAGAUCUCUAAGCUUAGAGUUUCAAUCUGUAUUUGAGUCAACUAGCGAUGACGUACCUACUAACAAACGGAAGCGUGGAGAUUAUGAAGAUUUUAAUUUAAGAUUUUUGAAAGAUAUCAAAUCUGGAAAUGAAUAUAAGCGAAGAGAAAGAAGAGCUGAUGACGAAGAAUCCGAAAUUACUAUCAACGAAAAUUUUUCAUCUUUUGACGAAGUAGAUCAACCCAGUAAUUCAGAAUGGAGGUUGUAA